GGUUGGAUUUGGUUGGGUUGGGUUUGUUUUCGUUUGGUUGGGGUGGCAGCAGCAGGCCGAGGGAGGGGGAGAGGCGUUGCGCCGAGCUGCCGCGGUGGGAGAAAUAAACCUCUUCUGUCCCCGAAGGUUUCCCCAAAUCGUUUUCUUUUCGGCCCAAAGGACAGGUUCUGGAGGAGGUAAACUCUUAGGGUGAGAGGAGAUAACUCGUGAGGCUUGCCGGCUUGAUGCUGUGAUCAUUAAUUCCCUUCAUAGUUACGAAACACGUUGUUUUUAAUUGGAGUUUAUUUGUGAGCAUCCAGACCGUGGAUGUUUUGUCCUUUUUCAGAUAAGAAUCAAAAAGAAAGGAAGGUGAAAGGUACACAAACCAUUCUUCUGACAGCGAGAGGUUCUUCUGCAUGCUACUCAAAGGGAGAGAGAAGCAGCCAGUGCUGCCUGGCCUCAGGGUUCAGGAGGUGCGGGGGAAACUUUGAAAAAUAUUCCUGAGGGAAACAAUUAUGAGGCCAUGUAACCUAAAUGAUGGCAGAUGAUUUAGAAAAAUUCAUUGAAGAUCAGAAGGCCAAGUUGGCACAAGAUAAGGCGGAACUUGAAAAUGAUCCACCUUACAUGGAAAUAAGGAAUAAGGAAUCUGAGAAGCUUUCUGAGACUAGCAAAAUGUUAAUCUCCAUGUCUAAAGAAAAUAUACCUCCAAAUAGUCAACAGAACUGUCCUUUAGGUGACUAUGGCUUGAGUUUACCUCUUGGAGAAGAAUAUGAACGAAAAAAACAUAAACUAAAAGAGGAACUUCGGCAAGAUUAUAGGCGAUAUCUUUCUCAGGGUAUUUCACAGGCAAAAAGAAAGAAAAAUUACCUGACUACUGGAGAAGUAGAUCCUUAUACUCAGGGAUUAUCUCUUCCUAUUGAUGAACGAAGGUCUGCUAAGGAGAAACUACGGAUUGAAAGAAACAAGGAGUACAAUCAAUAUCUCAGGGAUAAAGAAGAAUGGAAUGAAAAGAUAAGGAAAUUAGGGAAGAAAAACACAGAGCGUGAGACGGACAGGAAUAAAAAACCUAUUGCUGCUACCAGGCUCCAGCCAGAACUGCAUACAGAAGUAGAGCCCUGUCGUACAGCUGCAGAACCUCCCAAGAAAGAUGCCUUUACUUCUACAGAAGGUUAUGAAGAGCUGCUAAAUAAGAGACGGCUGGAGGAAGACAGGUACCAUAGGCUAGAUGAUGAGGUUGAAUUAAGAAAUCGAUUAUUAAAUAAAAGACUUGAUGAGGAUUUGGAUGUUCCCAGUAGAAGACAUCGUGGACUUCCUAGUCAAUCUGUAAUUCCUAUAAGAAGGUAUCACAGACUUGAUGAGGAUCGUGAUUUUGAUCGAAGAUACUACAGAAUGGACUAUGAUCCUGACAUAAGUGAAGAAUUUGACCCUAGAUUUAGAUGUGAAAGCGCUUAUGAGAGAAAACCUCCCCGAUAUUUUUAUGCUGAAAGGCCCAAUCUGGAUGGAAUAGUACGAGAUCUACCUGCAGAUUAUGAAGAUGAAUUAAAGGAGAGAUCACAUGUGCAGCAGAUUCCAAGAACUGGAAAUUUUAGAAAUCAGGCACAAAUUAGCUCUUCAGCUAAUGAACCUUCCAAGUCUGCUCCUGAAAUGACAUAUUCAACAGGCCUCAUUCUUGGUGGUCAGGACCUAGAGCUUCUCCAAAGGAAAAAAGAGAAAUACAGACAAGAACUAAUUGAACAGAUGGCUGAGCAACAGCGAAAUAAGAGACGUGAGAAGGAACUUGAGCUCUCAGUUGCUGCUUCUGGAGCUCUAGACCCAGAAAAGAAGCUAAGUGAUGAGGAGCCGAAUAGAUUGAGGCAGUUUGGCUUGACAGCAAGAGCUUCUGAAGAGAAAGUGCCACCUGAAAGGCCCAGGGUUGCUUUCCAAACUCCUGUGUCCAUGCCUUCUGUCUCUCCAGUGAAUGAAGACUUUCACCGAGGGCUAGCCAGCACCCUUGGUGAAAUGGCAGCUCCCAGGCUUGCACCUAUACCACCACCUCCACCACCAGUUUUGACAGACAACUAUAGAACACCUUAUGAUGAUGCUUAUUACUUUUAUGGGGCUAGAAAUCCUUUGGAUCCCAAUCUUGCAUAUUAUGGUACAGGUAUGAUGGGAAUGCAACCCACACCUAACCUGGAUCCUUCUUUAGUCCAAGCCCCAGUAGAGCAAUCUGUUAACAUUGGACAGAGGAAUACAGGAGACAGACAAAGAAGCAGAGGAGUAUUUUCUGAAGAAAAAUCAAAGCCUUCCAAAGAGGCAACGUUAUCUUAUCAACAAGAAUUGCAACAGCAGAUAAGAGAGAGAGAGGAAAGACGCAGACAAGAGAGAGAAGAGAAGGAACGCUACGAAGCCAAGUUAGAAGCAGAAAUGAGGAAUUACAAUCCCUGGGGAAAAGGUGGUGGUGGCGCUCCUCUCAGAGAUGCAAAAGGAAAUCUGAUAACUGACUUGAAUAUGAUGCACAAGCAAAACGAAGAUGCGUAUCAUAAUCCAGAGGCGAGACUAUACGAAGAUAAAAGGGCUAUUGUAUCUGUUGACCUAAGUUUGACCUCCCCAAGACCUGAGAACGCAGAAGCAUCUACAAAUAAAAUAGCAGGUUUUACAUUUGCACAGACCUCUCCUUUUGCUCGGGGUAAUGUGUUCAGUGAACCCCUGUCUCCACAACAACUUAAGCGACAAGAGUCAUACAAGAACUUCCUUCGUCUACAGAUUGAAGAGAAGAGACGUAGGGAAGAAGCAGAGCGAGAAAAACUUAGAAUGGAAGAAGAAAAAGAAGAAAAACGACUGGCUGAACAGAGAAUGAGAAUUCAAAAAGCAUAUGAAGAUGAACAAGAAGAGAAAAGAAGAAAAGAGGAGGAGCGAAGAUUGAAAAAUAAAGAAAUAAUUCGAUUAGAUGAAGAGAGACAAAAAGAGGCAGAAAGAAGAAGAAAAGAAAAAGAAGAAAAGCAAGAUGAACAACUUAGACUAUAUCUUGAGAAGGAAAAAUUAGCAAAGAUGGAAGAGGAAAAGAAGAUGUUCUCAAGGCAGCCAUCUCCCAUCAUUCCUGCUCUUCAGAACAAAUCAGUAAGAAAAGAAGAGAGGAUUCCAUCUGCUGAAAGCCAUGUAUCUUACUAUACACAAGAUCCUCCACAGCCAAGGGUUCCUUCUCCACCUGUCCCUGCUAGAAGAAACCAGUUGCGUGCACUUGAGGAAAGAAAGAAUGUGAUAAAUGAGUUAUCAGAGAUGAGGAAACAGCUUCGUAGUGAAGAGAGGCGGCUGCAGGAACAGUUGCUAAAUGUGGCUAGUGAUGAUGAUGUACCAAUUACACGUGGGAAGAGAGAGAAGAAUCCAAAAGACAUAUUUGAAAUGGCCAGGCUUCGUCUGCAGGCUCCAGUAAGGCGACCUUCAUCAAGGGAUGCACAAGAUUCUGUCAAUAUACAGAACAUCUGGGAUUUUAAUGAACUUAAAUACAAAGAUUCUGAAACGCGCAUAGGCUUGAGACAUAUGUACCCUGAUUCUCCAAAAGAUGAUCAGACUCUAGAGAUUCAACAGCAGGCACUGUUGAGGGAGCAGCAGAAGAAACUUGACAGAAUGAGAAUGAGGAGAGAAACAGGAGAAGAUGAUUCUGCUUCUGGCUGUAACCUACAAACCAUGGGACUGUUCAGAAAUGACUCUGAUGAGUUCUUGAAGAAUUCCCUGUUGGAAUCCGACAGCGCUUUUAUUGGUGCUAAUGGAGAAACAUUUCCAGCCUUAGGAGAAGUUAAUUUAUCAUCACAGCCUCCACCUUCUGCAAGGGAGAGGAGACGACUAAAGAAGAAAGCAUUGGAGUGCACUGAAGAUGUUCCACGAGACCAGACCCCACUGCUGCAGCCUGACAACUUUUCUUUGCACUCCAACUUCAGCCUUGAUGUUGAUCAGAUGAAAAGCAAAAAUGAGGAACGAUUGCGCAGACUGACUGAACUCCAUCAGAAGUCUGCUCACUUAGGUGACAACAUUUCCUUAGGAGAAGCAGAGGACCUGUUGAAGCGCACGCCCUCCAAAGACGGCCAGCGUCCUGGCUCUGGUGACUCCAUUGCAACAGAGCCCUGGCUGCGACCUGGCACUUCGGAAACGCUCAGGAGGUUCAUGGCUGAGCAGCCGAGCCCUGCAAAGCUUUCCCCUGAGAACCCGUUACUGCUCAGCUGGCAAGGCCUCUCAACGGCGCAUGGCUGAACAAAACCCGUGUCGGAACCAGCUGUGCCUUUCCACGGAGAACGGACUGCCCCGGCCCGUCACUACUGCACUUUUAUGGUCUUUCGUAGGGGUAGUUCUGUUUUACAUAAAUAGUGUGGAGCUCUGUGUGUAAUUUAAAUGAUAGCAAUACUGAAGAAACAGAAGCUGCAGUGUAAUGGAGACUCUCAGAGCAGGGAUGUUUUACACAUUGUAUCACAGUGGAAUUGGAGUUAUAGUCCAGUGGUUUUUGCACUUUUUAUUCGAGUUAGUUUCAGCCUCAGAGAUGAUUUACCAGAAAAAACAGUGUGUGUGUGAAUUUAAUAUUAAAUCCAAGUUAUUUUUUAGCUUUGUUUAUAGCUGAACUCAAAAACUGUUUGAAAAGAGGAACCCAACAGCAGGGGUAUAGUUUAAGCUUUUACCAAAAGAGUAAAUAACUUGGGAGGAGGGCACUUGCUUUUCGUAGUGGUGAGUGCUAGCCCUGCUCAAAAGGUCAGCAAAUACUUUUAUGGAGGAAAAAAAAAGUCUAGUAGCAUUGUAUCUUAUGUUUCUAACUCGUUCUGUGCUGGAAAUGCAGGUAGUGUUGCAUAUAUUUAAUUUAUGUUUCUGAUUGAAGAGUUAAUAAAUUAUUUUGUUACUAAAAACGUGAAAGACAACUUUAAUUUUCAUUUAUCACUUGCUUCAGCUUACUGUUACUAAUGAACAGACUGGAAGGGUAAGGCCAUCUUCAAAGCGGCAGGAAAACCACCUGGAAACAUUGCCAAAUAAAAGCACAGAUGUGAAGCAAGGCAGCUGGGUUCUAAGAGUUCCAUAAACUGAGAAUAAAGGUAAGGAUGUGCCUUCUCUCACGGUUAGAAAUUCCUGGCCAGAGGCUGAAGUUCUGACCAGCUGAAGAAAGAAAAAACACUUUAUAAAAAUGAAAUUUUUAUUAAAAAUGCCUUCUUCAAGCCUCUGUCCACAUGCUGAAAGGCCACGGCCAUUCUGUGAUGAAGGCAGCUAAGAGAUGCUUGCUUAAGGUCAGGGUGCCAAGCUUCUUUGGGCAUUUAGCAUGUUCCUUCCCAGCAAGAAGUGCCUCGUCAGUCUUACUGUCACUCAUCAGCCAAAAUGCUCGUCAUGUCCAUCAGUUUGGGUAUGACAGCAGUGGCUAGAAGCACACAUGUCUCAGCAUAAUGGGAGACCUAGUCCAGAGUACAUACUAUGUACCUCAGGGCUGCUUGAUUCUGAAUUUCCCAGAAAGGUAGGAAUCCCAAAAUAAUUUUAAGCAAAAAGAAAACUUUUUACAAUAAUCAGAGCCCCUCAUGCUGAAGCCCACCUUAUGUGUCUCAUAGGUCAAAUAUGUCACAUGCCAGCCUUCCCCUGAGUUUUGAUGCCUGCUAACGCUUCGGGUGCACUGCCAGUUGGGGUGAACCAGUCACUGUGUUACCUCUUGGUCCUUCAGAAAGGCUCCUCCCCAUCUUUCCUUCACCUUUUUCUGUGUGUCAAAAGUUUAGUUACUCUUGCUUGUCAUGAUUUGAGAAAGAAAAAGGUAGGAAAGUCUCAUCUGCAAAAUAAAUGCUGCUACAACCCCCCUCUCCUUCCCUCCAGUUCAACAUGAAUAAAACAAGUAUUCCUGACACCCAACCCCCUUUGCUGAUAAUGACUGUGGCUGUGAGCUUGUAGAGAGCUGCAGGUUGAACUCGAGAGCCAGAGUAGUCCAUACAGUUUUGGCACUUCAAGAACUAGAGAGGCAGGCAAAAGAGUAAUAAUAUAGGAGUUCUGUUUUCAGUGAAGAGAAGACUAAACAGCUAUUAGGCAUCUUCCACUCAAGCAAUAAAAUAAGGUAGGGCAUGAAAAGGCCAUAAAGUAAAAAAAUAAAAAAAUAAAUCAUUACUAAAAGAGGGAGUGCACAACAGAACAAUAAUGGGUUAAACCAAAAAAACUCACCAAACAAAAAUGCAGAAAACCUACACCAAACUCCAGUAGCUACUCUACUCAUUGGCACUGCAUGCUGAAUCUUGAACACACAUUUAAACAGGAACUAGGCAGAUAACAUGGCUAAGAUACACAAAGGGCUGGUAACAGUGCCCUGGCUAACAGUAAUAAGAACACCUUGAUAAUGGUACCACAGCUUGGUACAGGCGUGAGGGGGCGGAGGACAUAAUUAGGGAUGGGACACUCUAUACUUGCUCUAAGAAUUAUCAGUGGUCACUGGCAAGCAGGUGAGCAAGACCUCAGGUCUGGCCCAGUAGGUGGUGUAAAACUGAAACAUUACACAACAAAUUGGAAAAUAAUUAAAAAAACAGCCCACUAGGACAGACUGUUCAAUUAAAAUGAAUUAAACUCACCUCAGUUCUCCAAGAUCAAGAAAUUCAAUUUGCUUUUGCUCCACCCCAAUUAACAUUAUGAGAAAAGAACUACUCACAGGUCAUGCCUUUUAAUUCCCUUCACUGGCUCCUCCAGAGCUAUUCCAUUGCGCUGCUGACACCUGCUUUCAGAGCCUGCUGCAACACACUACAUUUCACUCCCCUCUCAGUCCAGCAGGGAGAGACAUUCAUCCCGCUCUGAGGUCAGGCUCCUUCACCUACCUUCUCAGUCUUCAUAGAAGAACUCGCUGAAGAACAACCCAAUUCCACUUUUACUUACAAAACAAAACACCCCCGAUGGCUGGGGUUUGCUCCUUGGAAGCAUGAAAAGCACAGGAAGCUAUAAAACAAGUGCUGUGGGUUAGACUGGUUUUGAUUGCACUGAUGAAAGAGUUCAAAAACUUUAUUGACCUAUAACCUGAUUAGAAUAUGCCAGAUGAGAACCAAAUACUGUACAGAAAGUUGUACAGAAUUUUUUUUACAUAGAAAACUUUACAUAUCUGUACCAUAUACAUUUUGUCCAUCUGAAAAAAAUUUCUACAUCCAUUGUAAUACAGAAUGCUUGACAAUCUUGUCUUUUAACCAUCAGAGCACAAUUCACAGUAUGAAUACAUUGCCAAUAAAUUUAACCAUCCCCAAACCAUGCCAGAUUUGUUACUUGAAUAUAUUCAACAUUAAAUUCUGUACAUAAGAGUGAAAUCUACAUCAAACAAAAAACAUGUGACAGCAGACACAACCUAGACUUGUUUGCAGUGAUUCAAGUUCCAGUCCUUGAAGGAUCAUCCUUUCAAUGGCUCAUUCAUUAUAUUGAAAAGCCCUAAAACAAGUAUAUUACAGGUAGUUAUGUCAGUCGUGAUAUUUCUACCUCUGUUCUUGACAAAAGUCAGCAACACUAACUGCUGGGCUACAAUGAAACAAAAACAAA